ACGGGAAAAGCAAUGAUCUUCAAGACCUUUCUGGACCAUCUCCAGUCGUGUUUUCUUUUGCUGACACUGCGAAAAUGUACAUAUUAAUCCAACGACAUCAGAUGUGUUUUAAAUUGUAUUUUGCUUGUUAAAUUAUAUUAAUUUCAUUUCCUCUUGACUUAAAUAAGAAACAUAGUGGAAGGAACUGACACUGUUGUAGGGCUUCAUUUCACCACUAGGUGUCAGUGUUGUUAAACACUUAGCCAACCUCUUCUGACUAAUAUUGGAUUGAAUACUCGGCCUGUAACUACACGUUACAUGUCUAACUACAUGUUAGAGGCUGCUUUUAACAUUCCGUUAAAAACGAUUUGAGCGGAUAACCAGGUGACAUAUGCACAUGAUGAUAUGACAUCAGAAUGUUACAUUGUGAAUGUUUGCAUGUUACAUGUCUGUAACACUGUACAAUAUAUAUAAUUCUGAUGUCGGCUCUUAUUUGUCAAUGAAUGGAAAGGUGUCGUUGAUGCACAUGGUGGAGCUUGUUCUUCACUUCCAUAGAACGCAUCUGUGAUGGCAUCAUCAACUUCUCCAUCAGCUCUUCAUAUCCUUUCAUGCUUGUGAAGUUUAACUUUGAGUUCAUAUUCUGUAUAUACUCUCCUUAAUUUCACACAAAGCCUGCGGUUGACAUGGUCCAGCUGCGAGGUAUGUAGGUGUUGGGUUUCAGAGGCUGGAUGGGGCGGAGCGUCUGAAUGAUCCAGAGUUCAGGACUACAACAAAACACAUCUGGACUGCUGCUGCUCGCCGAGCUUGAACAUUGUCUGACUGAAAGCAACAACCUUUGUUUGUCUGCUUCUCCUGCUGCAAGUGUCAAGAUGAUGAUGAUGCACCUCAGCUUGACGGUCUUAACAGGUCUUGCUUUGGUCUUUCUGCCAACAGCACAGUGUCAGAGCGGAAACAGCGCACUUGGUGUGGUGGUGGACGCCAGGAACAUGACUCUGCCUGCUGGUUCCAAGGCAGUCCUGCCCUGCCACAGUCCACGCAUGGUCUGGACUCAAGACAGGCUUAAAGACCGGCAGAGGGUGGUCCACUGGGACCUGGUCCGCAACACUCCAAAGUAUUCAACGGAGCGUAUCGUGGACAUGUCCCCUGGGGCACGACAGAGGGUCUACAACGGCUUCAACAAGGGCCGUGUUUCCAUUCCCAACUCUGCGUUUAAGGAUGGAAACUUCUCUCUGGUCAUCAACAAUGUUGUCAGCAGCGACAAAGGAGUUUACACUUGUAACCUGCAUCAUCACUACUGCCAGAUCCAACAGUCCAUCCAGGUCCAGCUGAAUGUCACCAAGUCUGCUCAAAAAGAGAAACGAUACUGGGAUGGAGAAAAGACCGUGUUUGUGGUUUUGCUUGGGAGCUCUGUGGUCCUUCCGUGUGUGAACCGACGCCCCCUCUGGAGAGAGGGUCUCCAGGAGGACCAGCAGCAAGUGGCCCACUGGGACUUCCAGCCACCUGGGGUUCGUCCGGACAGAGCCAACCGUCUUGUGGACCUCUACGCCUCUGGAGAGCGCAGGGACUACGGGCCGCUUUUUGCACAAAAUAAAAUGCGUGUGGAAGAGGACGCCUUCACAUUUGGAGACUUCUCACUCACCAUCUCUGACCUGAAGCCCGUCCACAAGGGCAUCUACUCCUGCAACCUUCACCAUCACUACUGUGGCCUGCAGGAGAGGCGUAUCUUCAGACUGACCGUGGGGCCUGAACUGCCCUCCACACCCUCGGAGCCUCCAAAAACGUUCCCUAUUGACCUGCCAGAGCCGAGAGUGGAGGAGGUGGAAAGUCCUCGUGUGGUGAACGUCAUCCUCCCGGAGCAGCGGGGCUAUUUCGUGCAGCACUUGGGCUACUUCCUGGCAACUUUCCUCCUGCUGGCGCUCGUCAUGGUUGCGGUCAUCUGGCUGACACGGCGACGCAAAAACAGAGGCCUGGAGUACGAGCUGCGGCGAUACGAUGAAGGGAAUGUUCUGAGCCAGGGUGAGGUGCAGCUGGAGUGCACAGAGCUCAGGACCUUUAACCAACAACCACUGAACUCAGACUAUAAAAACAACCUGCUGAGGGAGAGGGAUUUGACCAAAGACUGCAACAAGGACUUUGAAGACAAGAUGUGGAAGUGAGUGAGAUGGUCACGAGAAGCUGCUGGCAGGUCCAGAGCGGAGUCCGCCAUCAAUGAGGAGGCAGACUCCUAAGGGCAUCAUCUUUUUUUUUAAUUUUUUUUUUAUGUUGAGCUUAUUUCAACAACAUUUGAAUAGUAGACUCAUGGAUGACGUUUGUUGACAUUUAAACAGGUUGGCUUCUUUUUAAACUGCAUGCUGCUUAUUCCAUGUUACUGUGCAUGCACGCAGCGCUCACAGCUUUCUUCAUGUGUACACCUUUUUGCACAUAUUCAGCAGUACUGUAAGACGUUACCAAUACGCUGGAACAUCUUUUGGAUUGUUUACUGUAAGUGUGAGACUGCGCUAAAAGACAAGCGACGCCUCUAUAACACUCCUCGUGGGCCAAGCUAAAUGUAAGGAUUUGUUUUGGUGUUUUGACACAUUUAAAUUCAACGUGGGGAUUGGACCUCAGGAAUUAGGAAUAUGGUAUUUGCUGCCAGUUUUUACCCUGCGACUGACACACUGACUGUUAACUGAUUGUGACACAGGUCCGGUAACUUUGGGUCUACUACAUGUACUUUGUCAGUGCGACAUUACUGAAAAUUAAUUCAUGUUUUUUUUCUUUUUUCUUGUCCCCUAUGUUUGCCCCCUUUUUUGUCUGGUCGAAUAAAAUAUUAAAAAUCAAAUU